AUGACCUCAAUGAUUACAAAGCCUAGUAAUAUGAGGUUAAAAGCCCUAGUAAAUGUUGGAAUUGAAGAUCAGGUACAAGAAGUAAAGGAGUGGCUGCAAAAGGAGACAACAGAUGAGCCAUUGAGGCUUGCUAUAAUUCAUGGCUUUGGUGGAAUUGGAAAGACAAUUCUUGCCACUGCUGUUUAUUCAAAAUUAAAUCUGGACCGCUACAUCCAUACCAGAGUUGUAAUGGACACAGAUCCUCACAGAAAUGACAUAAAAAAGAUGCAGGAGCAGAUUUUAGAGGAUGCCUUCCCCAAGUACAACAAUGGAAAACGAAUAGAUUUGAGAAAUACAAAACAAGGUAAGGAGCAUUUAGAAAGAGCUUUUCGAGAAGAGAAGAACCAUGUCUUUCUCUUUAUUGACAAUGCUCUGCGAAACAAAGACCUCAGAGAGCUUUUGCCAGAAGACUUGGAGGGCCUUGGCAAGCAUAUCAGACUUCUUUUGACAACGAGAGACUUGGCUGCUACAAAUAUGUUUAAUAAAAGUCUGUCUCAUGAACAUCGUGUCAAACCUCUCCAGGAAAGCGAUGCGAAGAAAAUUCUGUGCAAAGAAACUAAGAAUCUUGAUCGUAUCAGAAAUGAUGUUGACAGGAUCUUGAAGAUAUGCGGCGGGGUUCCUCUGGUUCUAAAGAUUGUUAGUGCUCAUUUGAAAAAUCAGGGAUACAAGGCCGACAAAUGUAGGGAGAUACUGAAUGCUAUGGAGAGAGGGGAAGCAAUUACAGAAGACUUGAAGGAUCUGAGCGAGUGUAUGGUGGAUUUUGUAUUCAAAAAGUUUGGCCCACUCACCCAAGAAGCAUUUUUAGACAUAUGCUGCUUCUUUUAUGGUAUGAAUCGUAGACAUGUGGAGUACUCUGUUGGAUCGCUGGCACUCAAAACACUUGAAGACGCAGCGUUGAUCGCAUUUAAGGUGGUGGGGAAUACGCAGAGCGUAGUUGUUGAUGAUGUGAUCCUAGCAAUAGGGAAAAACAUGGGACGAUCCACCAGAAUCAAGGAUAUUGAAUCUUUUAAAGACGCUGUAGAGGAAAAGAGGCUUGGGGAAAUCAAAGGAAUUCAAUUCUGUUUCGGUAAAGGUCAUUCUUCUUACGUCUUCGGAAAAGCACACUUAGAUUCAAUGAGAAAAUCAUUGCGAGUUUUCAUGUUGGGACCGAACAUCAGUGUGAAAUCUACAAGUGACAUGAAAUUUCCAGAAUUGAGAUUUCUUCACUUAGAUGAAGAUAUUCCUUGCUUGCCUUUUCAUUUAGAGGACCUCGAUAAAUUGGCAGUAUACCACGGUCCUCUCCUGAAAGAGGGUGUUAGCAUUUACAAGUUACCAAAGAGUUUACUCUCGGUCACAGCGACAGCCAUUGCAAAUGCCAUUGACAAUUUAGAAAGGACAAAUGGGGAGCAAUCAAAGCCAUUGCAAGUGCCUCCAAACUCUCCUCUUGAAGAAUUAAAUUUAGUCAGAUUAUGGAAGAUGAAGACUCUACCAGAAGGAUUUCAGAAUUUCACUGCAUUGAAAAUUCUGAGUUUAGACACAUGGGAUAAUAUGGAGGAGUUGCCUGUGCUCACAGCCCUAGAAAGUUUAAGUCUGAAGGCAUGUUCUUCCUUAAGAGAACUACCAGCUGGAUUUGAAAAACUCGCGGAAUUAAAAUGUUUGAAUGUCCAAUUUUGUCCAAAACUGAGGCGCGAUUUCCCUAACGCGGCUAGUCAUCUGCGAAUUGUCGCUGAUGAGGAGGAAACUCAAAGUGAGGAAGAAGAAGAUUGGAAUUGA